AUGUCCGUCGAAAUGUGCGAUCGCAGGAAGGGGGGUACGAUAUUAGCGCCCCAGCAGCUCGCCUUCAUGUUCAUCUACCAUCUGCUCGUCAAGAUCGAACCGGUCUUGGCCGUAUUUUCCUUGUUCUACUUCCACUGCGUGAACCUAUUCUUCGGCUUCAUCCACCUCUUCACAAAUCGUGUCAGCGUCCCGAAACCUCAGGAUGAAUUGCUGCAGAUCAGCGCCACACAGGCGGCUGAUAUGAUCCGAAAAAGAGAGGUAUCUUCGUCAGAGCUCGUAGAAGUCUUCAUUCGUCGAAUCGAUCAAAUAAACCACAUCAUCAAUGCCGUGGUGAUCCCUAACUUUGAUGAUGCCCGUGCGCAAGCAGCACGCGUAGAUGAUCGGCUCGAUCAGCUUGAUGACGCUCAGAGGGAAAAGCCGCUACUCGGGGUACCGUUCACGCUCAAGGAUUGCAUUGAGGUAGCCGGUCUGCCCUGCUCAAAUGGGAUGUACUGCCGCAGGGAGACGAUCGCUGAAAAAGAUGCUGCCGUCGUCGCAAGACUAAAAAGCGCUGGAGGUAUCGUGUUGGCCGUGACGAACGUGCCGGAAGUGUGUAUGUGGUGGGAAAGUGUGAAUACGAUUUAUGGCCGAUCCCACAACCCCUACGAUAAUCGGCGGAUCACGGGUGGGAGCAGCGGUGGAGAAGCGGCUCUUGUGGCCAGUGCUGCAACAGCGGUUGGCGUGGGCAGUGACAUCGGUGGCAGCAUCCGAAUGCCCUCUUUCUUCAACGGCGUCUUCGGGCUGAAGCCGACCCCAGGUGUCGUCCCACUGCAAGGCCAUCUCCCCGGAGCCAUCCCCGGAUAUCGGGCUCAAAUGCUGCGCAUUGGCCCCAUUUGUCGCUUCGCAGAAGACUUGUCCACGAUGCUGAAGGUGAUGGGAGGUCCGGCGGCUGUUGAGCUGCGUUUGGAUGAUCCUGUACAGAUGCGUAAAAUGAAGAUCUACUACAUGGAAGGGUUGCACACACCGCUCGCAGAGAAUAUUCACGACGACAUGCUGCACACGUUGAAGCGGGCGGUCAAAUAUUUCGUACGCAAGUACGAUCUAACUGCGAUCCGCGUCGAUCUGCCGCUAGCUCAUCUUGCCCUCCAAUUCUUUCUGGUAUCGAUGUACAUUGAAGGGGAGCCUAGCUUCCGCCAGCAUUUGGAUGAGCUAAAGGGAUCGGUGAAUUGCUUCUGGGAGCUGUUGAAGUAUCCAUUCGGACAGUCCCACCACACCCUGCCCGCUUUGAUUACAGCUAUUAUCGAUAACCCGAAUGGCCCCUUUUCCGAGACGUUGGUGAAGGAGUUGCGCUACAAACGAGAUCAGCUGGUGCGCGAAAUGCGUGAACUGCUCCAAGGCGACGGAAUCCUGUUGUUCCCCUCGUUCCCCCACACGGCUCCCUAUCAUCACCAACCAUUGCUGAAACCGCUCAAUUUUGCGUACACAGCCCUGUUCAACGCUCUCGCCGUCCCAGUGGUACAAUGCCCAAUGGGAUUGGCCAAGAAUGGGAUGCCACUUGGUGUGCAAGUGGUUGGAGCCCCGAAUUCCGACCGACUUCUCAUCGCAUGUGCGAAAGACCUGGAAGAGGGCUUCGGCGGCUGGGUGCCACCCUCUUCG